AUUACAAUUACUAAUAAUAGCAGCAGUGGAUAUAGUAGAAUAAUAAUGAUAAUAAAAACAAUGGUAUUGGCAAUAGUAAUAACGUGACUACAAAUAAUAAUGCUACUAUCAUUAUUAGUCAUAGUCAGUGGGUGUCAGGCAGGACCACGGUCCAGAUAUAACGACGAUCCAUCAGAACCUGUGAGGCGAGAAAGUACAAAGACUCCGGGGAAGAAGCAAAGUUAGUAAUGUUUAUUAAUGGGACAUGAAUUUAUACAGAAGGAGAGAGAGAAGAGGAGAGAGGAGAUCAAUGUAUCCUACGAAGUCCCACAGCAGUCUAAUGCUGCGUUCACACCAAACGCGUCGCAAAUUAUUCGCGCCAGUAGAUUACAUACAAAGUCUAUGCACAGACGCGAUGAGACUGGCGCGGCGCGAAUUUGCGAUGGCGCGGAGCGAUGGAUGCGAAUUUGCGGCACGUCCAGCGCGAUUCGCGCGAUUCACGCGAAUGAACACUUGGUCCCCGGCGUUUUGACCGGCAGCGCGAUGGAUGCGAAUAUGAGGCGCGAUGAAUUCGCCACGCGUUUGGUGUGAACGCAGCAUUAGUCCAGCCCCUAGAUAUGCUGCUAAAGGCUGAGGCAAACCUGAGCCAGCCAUAACUAUAAGCGUUAUCAAAGACGAAAGUCUGAAGCCUACUAUGAGAUGUGUGAAUACAGACUCAGUGAGGAUGCUAACCCAGACAGGGCCAUGCUACUGGGCUUCGAACUGCUGCUGGCCAGGGUGGAAUGUGACCACCUCCUGAAGAUCUUGGAGAAGGAUCAGCUGGGACCACAGGAAUUUCUGGAGGUUCUCCAGAGGAGAAUGGGGUCUACAAAACUGGAUGAACCUACAGAGAAGAAGACAAUAUUAGGACAAAAGGAAGAGGAGAACAAGACGAUGGAAGAGGUACCUCUGUAUUUGGACACCAGGAUUGCAGUGAAACCCCAGCCCAAGCCUCGAUGCUGCCAUCUCAUUGGCGUAGACCAGUCCAUUAUGGAGAUGCAGAUGACCUACCCUGACCUUGCCUUCAGGGGCCGUCCUCUGCUACCAGACAAACAUCAACGAGCAAACAGCAGCAGUAAAGACGUUCACACUAUUAGCACCAAUGAUAACAGUGGUGACAGUAAAGCUGCUGAGGUUCCCAAAAUAGAGUGUAUUAAAGGCACCAAAGUCUCUGCUACAACUAUACGCAGUAAAAAUUAUGGCAGCAAAGCUGAUGAAGUUUUUGGUGACGAUUGCAGAGGCAGUGGUUGUAAUGACAUGAACAGUGGUGAGCCCGCCGCAGGAGACACCAAUAGCAGCCACAACACUGAUGGAAGCAGAGAUGAUGGUGAGCUCAGGGGUCCUCAGGCCAUUUCUCUGCACAUCACACUGAGAGCUGCAGCCAAAGCAGAGCAGAGCCUGAAACAUGGAGAGGCUCAGCCCACAGCAGAGCCUCCUGCCUGGACACAGCAGCAGACGGUAGCAGACCUACAAAAUAAGAGACCGGCUAACCCAAAGCUUCCCUCUCUGAGCUCCACGGACGAGGUGCAGGAGCUAAGGGAGCUGGCAGAGAGCAUGUGCCAGUUCCAUGUGCAAGAGACCAAAAAGGAAGUGAAGAGAAAAGAAGAAAACAAGAGGGAAGAGGGAAACACAAAUAAAGAGAGGAGUCAGACACAGAGAGAGGCAAACACAGAUGGAGAGGCAGAGGAGGAGAACCUCAGUAAGCCAGCAAGUAGAUCCUCUCAGUUUGAUCCUGCAAUGAUGGAAGAGCAGAAGCAGCAUACUGAGUGUCACCACUCAACACUGGCCGCCAGUACAGCAGAUUGCCAGAGCUGUACAGGAGGAGACAAUACAGAACAGCAGGAAGUAGAGGAUACUGUGAGAGCAGAAACAGGCAGAGAUGAGGAGCAGCUGACAAAAAGCUUUGUUAUAGUCGAGCGUCACAAGAAAUAACAUGCUCUCCAGGCUAGUUUACAUGUACUGUAUAUGGAAAUUAUCAAGAACAAAACUACUGAGCAAGCCAAUACCAAUACAAGCUGUUAUCAGUCUGUAAACCAAGAUUUAACAGUGCAUUAAACGAGUCGUUUUAAUUAUUUAACACUCACCCUUGUUGGCUUGACUUAUGGCUGUAAAAAGAUUGUAGUUUUGUUAAGUACAGAAACUAAAAACUGUUAGUUACAGUGAAGGAACAUCCUGAGUUUAUGGAUUGACAACAGAGAAGUGGGUAAUGCUGCAGUGGUAUUUGUUUUCAUUGGAGUCCACUGUUGAUAGGAUAUAAGGUAAUUAUAAUAUAAGAUAAUUGGAACUCACCCCAGUCACUGCUCCUCAUAAGGGACAAAACUAACAAUUGUUUACCGCCACAAGUCAAGCCUAAAGGUAGAAUUCUCCAGACAAGAUACUUUCACAUUCUAUAAAAACUUAAUAAACUUGUUUAAAUGAACUCCAAUGUAAAUUUUACCUCCUCACUUGUACUUAUACCUGUCUUACUUGUAGAAAUAAUUGAAAGAAGCAAUGUAUAAAUACACAAAUGAAUAGCCAGUCAGCAAGUUUUGAAAAACAUCUUUCCCAAUAAAUAUCUUAGUUUGAGUGAUGAUGUCCCUCAUGUACACAAAUGUACAAAUGUGAUUUCACUUGUGGGAUUUCUGUAUUUGUGUUCUUGCCUUUUCUCUAGAUUGACGUCGGUGGAAUUUAGCUAAAACAGGGUGAUGUCGCAUUCUUCCAUGGGCCAUCACAGCUGAG